AUGUUUUAAUUUGAAAGAAUUAAAUUUUAAGGCAACCAGGUAUCUUACUUUUUUAAGGUAAACCAACAAUUAACAUUAUGAUGAGUGAUUGACAUUUCUGCACUUCAUGAACAGAAAGAAACACUUAAAAAUUGAGCUCUUGUUAUUUCGCCAUAAUCUAUAUAACUUAUCAACUACUUUUUUGUGUUGUUUUCUGUGUUUCUUAAAUCAUAUUAAAUGAGGCAUCACAAAAUACAAGUUUUAAAAUGUAAUUAUUGUUAUAUUUUUUUUUAUUAUUUUAAUUUCCAAUAGACUUUACUUUGAAAAAGCUCAAGAAAUGUCUGGGAAAAAAUGGAUUCUCCUUGUCGCCGGCUCAAAAGACUGGGAAGAUUAUCAACACCAGGCCAACGUGUGCUGUUUCUAUCAGAUAAUUAAGAAACAUGGAAUUCCUGAUGAGCAGAUUGUGGUGAUGAUGUAUGAUGACAUCGCUCACAAUCCUCAAAACCCAGCUGAUGGAGUCAUUACCAGUGUAGUAGACGAUACAGAUGUGUACAAAGGAGUUCCGAAGGACUACACUGGAAAGGACGUGACCCCAGAGAACUUCCUGGCCGCUCUUCAAGGGGAUGACAGUACAGGGAAAAAAGUCAUAAAAAGUGACGCAAAUGACAACAUAUACGUCUACAUGACCGGUGUGGGAACUGAAGGCACAUUUCAAUUUCCUGAGAAGCCACUUUAUCCAGCUGAUAUCACUGGAGCAAUCAACAACAUGAGUCAUAAAAAGAAAUUCUCAAAGAUGGUGAUAUUCAUGACCAGCAGUUAUUCUGCAAGGAUGUUGAAAGGCCUUUCCGAGAGUGGAAAUGCCUAUGCAUUGACUGCAUGUGACGAAAAUAUCCAGAGCACUCCCAGUUAUUAUGACGAACACAAGAACAUCUACCUCUCUGAUCAAUUCUCAUCUACUUGGCUGAAAUACCUUAAUACCGCUGACUUCAAGACAGAAAAGUUCCGUCGGCUGAUAGAGUCUAAACAAGCGAACUAUAUGAGAGAAAAUCCCGGUCCCUGCCCCUGCCAGUUUGGGAACAAGGACAUCGCCAACAGUUACCUCUGUGAGUUUCUGGAAAACUGAGCUCUCUGCAAGCUGUUCGAACCUUGUUCAAGAAAGCAUCCUUCUGAGUAGCACAUGGAAAUGAAAACAGAAAUCUGAUGACCUUUUGUACUAGUUUCUUGUUUCAGAAUUCUGGCUUUAUGAUUAGAAUUAAAUUGAUCAUUUGCAACAUCACACACUAUCGUUCAAAAGGUUGCAUUCAAAAACAAAGCCUAAAAUGAUGUGAAAUAUUGUGAAAACAAUAAAA